CAAUGCACUAGAAAGUGUGGCGAUUUCAAAAUCUUUCACUGAAAUGGCAAAAAAGUUACAUUUGAAAAAGGUGGAUUUUUUUCAUAAAAUUCAGAAACAUUAUUUAAAAUAAACCGCUCUUUCCUAGUGCCGCCUUUUCGUAGAGAGAUAAUUUUAUUGGUUAGAAUUACUGUUAGACUAGCGAGAGUGUAGCGCAUAGCGAAGUGAGCUCUAAUGAGCUAGAGUGAGCUAGUAGAACUCUUAUUUUAAAAUGUGGCAACAUUUUCAUAAAAAAAAAUAGUUACCAUGGCAACAAAACUGACAACAACAUGACAUGACAACAAACAGAAACGCAGAAAUGUUGGUUAUAAAUAAUUCUAGCGUUUAAAUUAAGAGAAAAGUGCAGAAUUUAUAAUCUUAACAUAUAAAACCAGUUUUAAGACUUCCUUUAAUUGAUAGUUUCAUAAAAAAAUCACAAUGUUUAUUUACAUGAGUAAAAAGAUUGCUAUACCAAAGCAGUCAAACGUAACAUGUAUUGCAUGGAACCAUUCAUCUGGGUAUAUUGCUGUUGGUGGCGAGGAAGGAAUGCUGAAAGUUCUCAAGUUAGAAUCCGGUGGAGGAGGCAAUCUUUCAAUGAAUAUUAGUUUGGAGGGUCACACUGGCCAACUAUGUGUUGCUGUAUGGAAUGAAGUUUUUCAAAAGUUAACAACUAGUGAUGAACAUGGUGUCAUUAUAGUGUGGAUGCUGUAUAAGGGGUCGUGGUAUGAAGAAAUGAUAAAUAAUAGGAAUAAGUCUACUGUAGCAGGCAUGGCUUGGGGCUCUGAUGGACAAAAGAUCUGUAUAGCAUAUGAGGAUGGUGCUGUUAUUGUUGGAUCUGUGGAUGGAUCUCGAGUUUGGGGUAAAGAUAUCAAAGGGCCAGGUUUAUCAGCUGUACAGUGGUCUCCAGACAACUCCUUGCUGCUUUUUGCUUUAGCUAAUGGAGAAUUGCAUUUAUAUGAUGACCAAGGGAAUUUCACAAUGCCAGUUGCAAUUCAUGGUGUAUCAGAAUCAAUGGAAGUUGUUUCAAUGGAUUGGUUCUCAGGCAGUGCACCAACUACCAGGCCUGUAUUGGCUAUAUGUUACAGAAAUGGUGUAAUUAUUCUAAUGAAGAAUUGCAUAGAAGAAGAUAGUGUAGUAGUGGAAACUAAUAUGACGGCAAUUGAUUGCCACUGGAACCACAAUGGAACUAUUCUGGCAGCUGCUGGAUGCACAAAUGACCAGACCAAUGUGGUUCAGUUCUUCAAUCCCUAUGGAGAACAUAUAAGAACUCUACGAGUGCCUGGGGGUUCAAUGCGUGCCCUAUCGUGGGAGAAACGCUCAUUGCGAUUAGCCAUUGCUAUCGAUUCCUUCAUAUACUUUGCCAAUGUGAAGCCAGAUCAUAAGUAUGCAUUUUACGGAAAUACAUUAGCUUACGUGUCUGGUAAUGAAACAGUUACAUUUUGGGAUACUUCCACUCAUCAGUCAUGGAUCAAUCACAUACCUGAGGUAAUGGACAUGUGUGGAGUUGGUGAAUACUGUAUUAUUGCAACUAUGAGCACCCUUAUAAUUUCCAAUCAACAAGGAAUUCAAUGUGAUGCUAAAGCAGUAUCGAUACCUGUUUUAUACGUGGCGAUUAAUAGCAAAGCUGUAGCAGUCGCAGCGUCGAAAGAAUCAUUUAUUAUUUGGAAGUUUUCGACACCAUUAAGACCAAGGAGCACAGAACAGUUGUACCAAGCCGACGGGUCCCCAUUAACCUCGGGCGACGCUGGGUUCCAAGACGAUACCAUCUGCUGCAUCACAUGCUCCGACAGCCAUCUUCUAGUUGGAAGAGACUCUGGAAAUAUCCUGCUUUUUUCCCUUGUCAACUUUAAGAAAAUCACGUCCAUCAAUAUGAAUUCUAAGCCGUACAAACUGGGUCUCAACUCUAAUUCCAGCAAAUUCUACGUAAUCGACCAGCCGGGAAGCCUGUACAUCCUGGACACGGAUAUGGCGAACAACAUCAGCGUGGGGCAGGCGCUGCGACGCGACGUGUGGAGCGCGCGCUGGGCCGCCGACAACCCGCAGAUGCUCGCCGUCGCAGAGAAGGCGCGCCUCUACGUGCUGCGCGACGCCGAGCCCGAGGAGCCGCUCGCUAUGCAGGGCUACCUCUGCAAGUUCCGCGAAUUGGAGAUUACAAUGGCACUCUUAGAUAAUAUCACCGAUAAAUGCACACCUCAACACAUUGUACGAGUGGAAGUAAAAUCCUUGCGUGACACUCGCCAACUCAUCGAAAAAGUCGGCCUUAAAGAAGCGGAGAAUUUUAUAAAGGACAACCCACACCCACAGUUAUGGCUUUUGUUAGCUGAAGCCGCGUUGAAAAACUUUGAAUCUGAGAAUGCUCUGGAAACGGCAGAGGCAGCUUUCGUCCGGCGCAACGACUACGCCGGAAUCCGUUUCGUGGCGCGUUUGAACGCGCUGCACUCGAACGCUCUCAAGAAAGCUGAGAUACUCGCUUACUUCAAAGACUUUGACGCCGCUGAAAAGAUAUACCACAACGAAGACAGGCGUGACUUAGCCAUAGCGCUGCGGAAGCGCCUAGGCCACUGGUUCCGCGUGGUAGAGCUGCUGAAGAUGUCUGCAAGCACCACCGACGCGCAGGUCAAGCAGACUUACUGCAACAUCGCCGACUAUUACAUCGACAGGCAGAACUGGGCCGGUGCUCUCGAAUACUACACGUUGUCAAACAACACGGAAGGGCUUAAGAAAUGUUACAUGGCUUUAGAGGACAAUGAAUCGCUGGCUAAGCUGUUCACCGGAACAUCAAAACCGACAAAGGAAGGACCAAUAAAGCAAAGCAUUUUGGACGACAUAAGCGAGGGCGUGAAUCAGAUUCCCUCAAUUCAAGGCAUAUCGCAGUUGCGUGAGUCCGGUCGAAUGUUACAGGCUGCUGCCAUGGCUUUUCAGUUAGCUGGGAUAGAAGCAUCGAAUAAAGUUUCACCAUUACGAGUAAAGAAAUUAUACAUUCUAGCUGGACAUCUUUAUAGCCAAAAUUCUGUUGACGGCGCGAAAAGCCGCGAGGCCGUGCGUUGCUUCCGCGCGGGCGCGGCGCAGCACUGGCUGUGGCUGGCGUGCGCGCGCGCCGCCGCCCGCCCGCCGCGCCCCGACGCCGCGCUGCGCGCCGCCGCCCGCCUGCACGCCGCCGCGCCCGACCUGCACCCCGCGCAGAACCCGCAGCCGCGAGGCUGGCGCUGCUUCCGCGCGGGCGCCGCGCAGCACUGGCUGUGGCUGGCGUGCGCGCGCGCCGCCGCCCGCCUGCACGCCGCCGCGCCCGACCUGCACGCCGCGCAGAGCCCGCAGCCGCGAGGCUGGCGCUGCUUCCUUGGCUGGCUUGCGCGCGCGCCGCCGCCCGCCUGCACGCCGCCGCGCCCGACCUGCACCCCGCGCAGAGCACGCAGGCUGGCGCUGCUUCCUUGGCUGGCUUGCGCGCGCGCCGCCGCCCGCCUGCACGCCGCCGCGCCCGACCUGCACCCCGCGCAGAGCACGCAGGUAUGUCUCAGUGUAAAGCCUGCUCCGCUGGCGCUGCUUCCUUGGCUGGCUUGCGCGCGCGCCGCCGCCCGCCUGCACGCCGCCGCGCCCGACCUGCACCCCGCGCAGAGCACGCAGGUCUGGUGCACUAUAGCGUACAUAGCGUUCCAAGCAAGAGCAUUCGAUUUAUGCUCAAAGGCGUUUGUGAAACUUGAAGCACUUGAUCCGGAUACAUUCGAACCUCUCGCGAUAGAAAUAUUCACGAGAUUCAAGCCUAAAGACGCGAAAGGAAAUAAAAUAGAUUGUCCUAAUUGUCAAGUUGCUAUGCCUGAAUGGAUGGCGUCGUGCCCGGCGUGCGGCGGCGCGCUGGCGGGCUGCGUGGUGUCGGCGCGCGCGCUGGGCGGCGCGCACACGGCCUGGGCGUGCGCCGUGUGCGCCGCGCGCGCGCACCGCCACGAGCUCGUGCUGCGCCACUCGUGCCCCAUGUGCCACGUGCAACUCGACUGACUUCACUCAGCUUUAGAUCAGCGUUUAUUGACCUUUUUUGUCCACGGACUACUACUUAGGAAAUCGAGCACAAUUUUAAGGAAUAUUAUUGUAAAAAAGCAGCAAUAAAUUUUGGUUUUACGAGGCUUGGUGGCAUUUAUUUAGCCUAGGCGCAGACCAUAGAUUUUUCGUCGGCCGAUAGUUUAGUCGGGCAGUCGCUAUUGGUCCAAUUCGUAAUUGGUCCAAAAUAAAAGGAUAUCCAAAAUGAAAGAAAUAAGGAGGUUAUUCAACUUUUACUACUACAUAUUGCAGAAAAAAGCGAAUUGGUCCAAUUACAAAUUGGACCAAUCGCGAAUUUGUGAAUUUUUCACGAUUGGACCAAUCGCGCUAAACGGGGCGGGGAGUCUGGAGUUCUAAAAUACAGGAAUUUCCCAGGUUUGGCUCCAGUCCUCUCCAAUGUGUUUACUUACUUUAAUUUUAAACAUAACUUACUGUGCAAUGUAAUCUAGUGAAAAUGUAAUGGUUUUUGAAAGAGGGACAUGUUUGGGUACAUCUUUUUGUGCUACACCACUGAUAUUCAUCAGCUCAUUAAAUAGUUGGAAGAACGGAUCCACAGAUGAACUAAUUCCUACCUACAUAAUCCAAUAAAAUUGUCACUAAGUGAAUUGAAAAUCACCAACAAUAUUUAUAAAAUAAAUAUCUGUAUAUUAAUUA